UGUGCAGUAAUUUAUUUACAUAAAAUUCAAAAAUAAAAGUUAUUAAAUUGUCUAUCUAAGAUUUAAGGUUUAUUUUCAAUAUAGCUUAUCGAGAUAUUUUGUUUUCCAAACAAUUUGAUGACAUUUUGUUACCGUCUUUAAAACUUGCGAUCAGUGCAAAUGGAUGAUACAGUAAUUUCACCAGGUAAUAAGAUGGGUGAUUCAGCAUCCGAAAGCGACUCGAGCUCUUUAGAUGGUGGUGCGAUGUUGCCUCCUACCACGGUCUCUAGAGAUCAGCUGCAAAAAAGAAUUGAAUCUUUACAACAACAAAACAGAGUGCUCAAAGUUGAACUGGAUACUUAUAAAUUAAGAGUUAAAGCAUUGCAAGAAGAAAACCGUGCUUUAAGACAAGCUUCUGUGUCAAUUCAAGCAAAGGCUGAACAAGAGGAAGAAUAUAUUUCAAACACAUUAUUGAAAAAAAUUCAAGCUUUAAAGAAGGAAAAGGAAACUCUUGCUCAUCAUUAUGAAAGAGAAGAGGAGUGCCUGACAAAUGACUUGUCUAGAAAAUUAAAUCAAUUAAGACAGGAAAAGUGUCGCUUGGAGCAAACAUUAGAGCAGGAGCAAGAAUGCUUAGUGAACAAACUUAUGCGGAAAAUAGAGAAACUUGAAGCAGAAACAUUGGCUAAGCAAACGAAUUUGGAAAGACUCCGUAGGGAAAAGGUAGAACUGGAGAAUACGCUGGAACAGGAGCAAGAGGCAUUGGUUAACAGAUUAUGGAAAAGAAUGGAUAAGCUUGAAGCGGAGAAAAGGUCACUACAAAUACGGCUUGACCAACCUGUGUCAGAUCCCGCUAGUCCUAGGGACAUUAGUAAUGGUGAUACAGCAUCCAAUUUGAGCACGCAUAUACAGACUCUACGGUCUGAAGUUGUAAAAUUAAGGAACCAACUUGCUGUAUCACAGAAUGAGAAUAAGGAGAAAAUGCAACGCUUUGCAUUGGAAGAGAAAUACAUACGGGAGGAGAAUGUUCGCUUGCAUCGAAAACUGCAACAGGAGGUUGAAAGGAGAGAAGCGCUUUGUCGGCAUUUAUCGGAGAGUGAAUCUUCAUUGGAGAUGGAGGAGGAAAGGCAAUUCAAUGAGGCUUUGAAUGCUAGAUCUCGCAGCGUGUCGUCGCCGGGCGGGUCGCGGCCGCUGUCGCCGUACGCGGCGCCGCUGCUGCCCAACACCGCCGGCAUGCCGCUAGGCCGCAACUCGCUGCAUUUUAACUCGCAGGCGCGUCGCCCAAGCGAACGUUUCGUGAAGCCGGCGGUGCCAGGUGGGCGGCCGCUGGAGGCGCCCGCGCCCCCGCAGCCCCCGUCGCCAUCCGCCCCUGCCAGCCCCAUGGACACCUCCUCUAGGGACUAGAUACGCCCCUGAUGUAGUUACUGCAACCGACUAAUGAGAAUGAGCCGU